AUGGCGGCAGAUUACCACCACCCAGUCAGAAAGAAAGAUCACUGCGUCCAUUUUGCGGAUGAUUUAUGUGAAAUUUUUUACUAUGAAGACGAAAUCGAUUUACCCGACGAACCACGGCUUGUCUCCCCCACUCUCAACGUUACGAAACUAAAAUGGAUAAUUUUCGCGAUAAUAACGGCUAUACUGAUCACGAUCUCGGCUGUGUUGUAUCUGGUAGUUACAAAGCCUCAUCUGCAGGCACCACCUCCAGAUGAACAACAAAGGCUUCUUCGGCAAUUCAAAAUGAACAGGACUGUAGAUGAUAAUGAGCUUGCAAAAAAGCAAUUUCGGGUAAAACCAAAUUGUUUUUUUGCGUACUCUCUAAUAGGAGUACGCAAAUUCAACAAAACAAUUUGUCUUUACCCGAAUAGUACUAGCAUGAUACCGGAUAAUAAAAAUGCCGAGAUCAUUGACUUUCGAUUGGAUCCACGGAAAAUAAUGGCAAAACAUCGAGCGCUAAAAGUAAAUUCGAAAGUUAUACCCCCAACAGGACAGCCGGAAGCAUUAAGCCAUAAAUUAGGAGUUCAAAGAGGUGCCUUUAUAAUAGAACCGAUUGAAUUCAACAAAUUGGACCCAGAGAUGAAAGACAUUGAAAUGUUUGAUACAUGGGAAAAUUUGUUAGCGGCUGUACUUCGUGGCUUAGAAGCAUUUAAUACCACAGAAGAAUUUGAAGCCGAUGAGGCAUCGAGAAAGACACAGCCUUUCAAAAGAACGAGCUCAGGCGCCGUACACGAAACAGUGGCCUUCAAAGUCAAUAGAAUCUUAGAAGAGACGAUGGCAGAUAGUGCUUGGGCUUCAAUCGUCGUAGAAACAAUAUCACAGAUCUAUAACAGUGAAGAAAGUGAAGAAAGUGAAGAAAUUACCAACAAAAUGGCAGUAAAAGUAUCGGAACAACUGAAGAUAGACAUGCAGGGAACCAGUACUGAAGAAACAUUUGAAGACGCUACCAAGACAACCAUGGCUUCUAAAAGACAGGAAUUAGAAGAACGAAGAACAUCAGAGGCAGAAAACAGUGACGGCUUAGAAGAAUUGAAAGCCUUAAACGAUACGGUAAUCACCACUGAUCCAACGAAUGAAAAUAGCACGGCAAAAGAAGAGUACAACAUCACGCAACGGUAA